AUGGAAAUGAUUCUCUCUGCAUCAGCACAUCACUAUACAGUCAGAGUGGCCCCCCGGCCAAGCGGCCCCGGCCCCUACAAACUAGCCACCGUCUUCCUGGCUGUACUUUCUGCUGUGCUGUUCAUCUGCAUCAUAGCCGUAGCCGCUCACAAUAAGAAAGUAACCCAGGGAGCGGCGGAGGAGCCCCAGAUCCAGAAGCAGACGCAGGAGGUCAACGUCACGGCUCUGCUGGCCACCUUGGCCCAGAUGCAACAGGAGAAGACGGAGCUGCACAGGAAGCAGUCCGAGCUGCAGGAGAAGCUAGACCAGCUGCUGAUCAAACGCCCUGCUCAUCCAUCACCCACUAACGCGCCUCUGGUCCCCAGGAUAGUGAAAAAGGUGCAGGACGUUCCCGCAGGCUCAGUGGCGUCCCCUACUGUCUGCCCCCAGGACUGGCACCUCUUCAACAGCAGCUGCUACUACAUCUCUGACGACAGCGACGACUGGGAUCUGAGCCAGUCAUUCUGCCAGGGAGAGGGAGCGCACCUCGCCAUUGUCACCACCGUCGAGGAGCAGACCUUCCUGUGGGAUCUUCUGCCACGCGAACACUGGAACGGCUUCUGGAUUGGGGUAACUGAUGGGCACACGGAGGAUGAAUGGAAGUGGGUGGAUGGCACCAGGCUGGUGAGCAGCUUCUGGGAGGACGGUGAGCCAAACAACCACCUGGAUGAAGACUGUGUCUACAUAGUGAAGACUCUCAAACACGAGCGCGUGGCGGUGAAGAGCUGGUACGACUCCCCCUGUCACCUGUCCUGGAGGUUCAUCUGUGAGAAGGAGUUGGAGCCUGCUGGGAUCCCCACCACCCCAAAUUAGAGCAAAGGCAGCAGGCCUCUUGUCAGGUUUUAACCAAGAGCAGAGGACAGCCAGUCAACGUUUUAUCAGAACUUGCCAACAGACGCCAUUUUGUUUGUGUAAUCGGGUCCGGUUAUGAAUGUUUUGUAGGAGGUUCUCUUGUGAAGUCACGUUGCACGCGUACUCCAAGUUCAACACAUUAACUUACAUUUAAGGAAAAAUGAAGGGCAUGAAUACUGAAUUUUUAAUAAAAAUGUAGUCAUAUAUUUCCAAGCUCUCAAUAUCACUGUUCAGUUUAACACCUUUUCAAAAAUGGAAAAGGUUUGCCUUCUACUUGACAGGCAUGUUUUUUUUUUUUUUUCAAAUUAGAUAAAAGUUUCUCAAAGGGUUUUACACAGAGAAUCGUAACUUCAGGCGGGAAAAAAAACCAAACUUUUUAAUCAUGAGACGACAGCACAACCGCUGAGCAGUUAGCGACGUCAUCUCGCUGUAAGAGUCUUGAAUACAAACCCCACACGGCCCAGAGACGAAGGGACCGUCAGCCCACCGACUCAUAUCGGAACCAUACCGACCGAUCUCUGCAUGGAGAAUCAGCCUCGGAUGCAAGCCCUCGCAUCUGCAGCAACACAGAGGAAAAACAACAAACAGGUGUCACAACAUCCCUGCCAAAAAUCUGAAGGGUCACACAGGAAGUGACAUGUUUUAGUGCAUCACCCAGCAGCCGUCUGUGCACCAGAGAGCAUGGGCGGAACAAAUGCUCUGUUUGGGUGUAGCGGCAAACAAAAUACUUAGUGGUUUCAAAAUGACUCCUGCAAGUGUAUGCCAAAAAAGGACAACAGAAAUCUUAAAGUACUCUUAAAGCACAGAUGACUAAGCUAAUAAAGAAAAGGUAAAUGCAGCGAAUUUAAAAUUUAAGAAUUGAAAAGCUGAGAAUUUAUGCGUACUUAAAUGUGUGUGUGUGGGGGGGGGGGCACGGUCACCUCACAGCAAGAAGGUCCUGGGUUCGAGCCCCGGGGUAGUCCAACCUUGGGGGUCGUCCUCUGUGUGGAGUUUGCAUGUUCUCCCCGUCUCUCCGGUUUCCUCCCACAGUCUAAAAACAUGUAGGUCAGGUGAAUCGGCCGUACUAAAUUGUCCCUAGGUGUGAAUGUGUAAGUGUGUGUGUGUCGGUCCUGUGAUGGCCUGGCGGCCUGUCCAGGGUGUCUCCCUGCCUGCCGCCCAGUGACUGCUGGGAUAGGCUCCAGCAUCCCUGCGAACAGGAUAAGUGGUUUGGAUAAUGGAUAGAUGGAAGAAUAAAUGCAGCGGGGCUGAACAUACUGGGUCAUGUUGCUUAACUUUCCUCAACUUAGGUACUGCACAUUCCCAAUGUGACAGGCCCCAAUUUAGCCAACCGCGCUCUCUCUUUACAUACCCUCAGUUGAAUGAACCUGUGCUGAAAAGACGGCUGCAAAAAUAGGUGGAGGAAUGUCGUAGCGGGCGACGGUAACCUCUAAUAUAAGGGCAAGUUAUUAGUUAAUGAACGAGUAGCUGGUGCAACGUGACUUCCGACCGCCGAAACAAACAUGACCGUACAUCUUGAGCAUUUCGAUCUUUAGCAUUGCUGCCAAGUGCAAGUAAUCUGCUUUGUUGUGUUCGCUGGCAGUUUUUCUUCCCGUUUGUUUUGUACCGAAUGACAUCAGAUUGUAGCGCUUAAUGUUAUCUUUGCCUUGCACGUGUCAUCCCUGCAGUCACAUUUACCAAAGCUGUUAUAAGACCCAGCAAUACGCAGAUACAUUUGUGCGUCAACCAACAGGUACUAUAUAGUAAUCAUAUUAUAGUAGUACUAUAUGAAGUAGCAGUAGUAGUGUAUCCGCUACAUAGUAGUUAUAUCAUAGCCAAGAGUACAUUUACUGUAAACACACCUCAGAUCAGCAGGAGGCAGUGAAUAGGAGACUCUGCAUAUGAAGCAGAUUUAUACUGACACACAUCAUUAUCACAGACAUAUCACCACCACACCUCAAUAACACAUCAUUGUCACAGACAUAUCACCACCACACCUCAAUAACACAUCAUUAUCACAGACAUAUCACCACCACACCUCAAUAACACGUCAUUAUCACAGACGUAUCACCACCACACCUCAAUAACACGUCAUUAUCACAGACAUAUCACCACCACACCUCAAUAACACAUCAUUAUCACAGACAUAUCACCACCACACCUCAAUAACACAUGAUUAUCACAGACAUGUCACCACCAUAACUCAAUGACAUAUCAUUAUCACAGACAUAUCACCACCAUACCUCAAUAACACAUCACAGACAUAUCACCACCACACCUCAAUAACACAUCAUUAUCACAGACAUGUCACCACCAUAACUCGAUAACAAAGUGCAGGCAGGAGGACACAAUAGCUGACAGUAAUGGUGUUAAAGAAAGCGGGGACACAAUAGUAUUGGCCAACACCGAUGGUAGUAUUAGAUGAUGAUGGUAUUAGAUGAUGGUAGUAUUAGAUGAUGGUAGUAUUAGAUGAUGAUAGUAUUAGAUGAUGGUAGUAUUAGAUGAUGAUAGUAUUAGGCAAUGGUAGUAUUAGAUGAUGGUAGUAUUAGAUGAUUCAUAUUAACUGCAAAGUGCUGCUUGAGUUAUAAAUCCUGCUAGUAGACCAUUUUAAGGAUUAAGGUAACUGAGGCCUAGAAGAGGAACGUUUUCAGCCACUCUUGAAGAAGCUAGUGAGUCCGUAGUUCUCAUGAAGGCCGGGAGUUGUUGCCACCAUUUUGGAUGGAGCAUCGAUGUUGGUAACACUGAUGUUAUUUGCAUCGGUCAGACAGAGUGGUGUAAUGAAUGAAUUCAGCAAGCUAAUGAUGUUAAGUGGAAAGGAAAUUAAGAUCCACUAUGCCAAAUUUACUUCCGCACUUUGCACUUAAGCAUUUCAAACAGGACAUUCAGGUUUUAAGAAAACUGUUUAUGUGGCCAAACUGCCUGCCAAAGCAGUUAAGUGCUAUUUUUAAUGCUGCUUGAGGAAAUAUACUUAAUUCACUGCAGUUUGGGCUCUCACUUUGAUUUGUGCCAUCAUUUUUGCCUUCAGAAUUUUUACAUGUUGAUUUCAAUUAAUCAUUGAUCAGUAAUCAGUCGUCAAUACGAGCCCUUCUGUGUGGAGCUUGCACAUUCUGUGUUUGUAUGAGGUUCCUUGCAAAGUCCAAGGACAUACAUGAUCAUUUGGAUUCUAAAUCCUGAAGUUAUGAAUGUUUUUUUAUAAUUAAGAUGGAAUAAAAUUCAAACUUUC